CACACCAAGGAGCGCCGGAUAUCAGUGCAGACGCCCACAGAGUAAAACUUAUCGUAAUGGGCGUGCACGUACACAAAGACAGGCGAUAACACGAGAUAAGGGCCACUCACCAACCGCCCCUUCCUCCCUGUGUCACCACCACCGCACUGCUACACAGCCUCACCUACCGGCCUGGUGUUCGGAGCUCCGUGGAGGCCUUGUCAACAGAGGAACGCACCCAGAGGCAUCAUGGUGUUGAGGUCGUGUGGUUGGGUGGUGGUGGUGUUGGUGGUGGUCUCAUCUAAUGCCACUGAAAUGGGACCUAAGACCUUACUCCCUGAUGACGUGUUGUUUAAGGACCAGGCUGCCUUCUGUGAGGGUUGCUACGCCCUCGUGCACGAGGCGGAGAAGCUGAUGACGAUGUGGCAGAAGGAGAAAGGUUCCAUCGAGGACCAUAUAGAUGCAGCCUUCCUGGCCACGUGCACCACAGACCGCCUCAGGACCUACGUACUCUCGCCGCCCAAGAUGGUGCGUCUGUGCUCCGGCAUCAGAGCUCACUACAUGGAUCAGCUGGGCAUGGCGGUUCUCAGGCACUACUCAAAGCCCACGGUGCCAGGCGUCGACCAGCUCUUCAAGGACAUCUGUGUGAAGGCCAUCCCCGCGUGUCCCAAAGGCAUCACGCCCAUGUCGGUGGCUAGAGAGGAGAGCAGGAAGAAGGCAGCAGCGGAGAAGGAGGAAAAGGAGGCGACGACUGAGACUACUCCACCAAAGACGAAGACAAAGAAGGGUAAAGGGAAAAAGAAGACAAAACAGCAAACUUCCAGCGAACACAAGGACGAGCUGUAAUCUCGCCGCAGUAUGUACAUAGUAUAUUAAUAUUACAGAGGACCCGGCGUUGCUCUUCUAGUGAGUGAAUCUUCCUGCUCCAGUGCUGCGCUUCUGUUGUUCUUAGUGCCAUUGUGAUUUUGUAUGAGAGAGAGAGAGAGAGAGAGAGAGAGAGAGAGAGAGAGAGAGAGAGAGAGAGAGAGAGAGAGAGAGA